AUGGACGGUCCAGUUCAUCACAAAAGUGAGCGCAAUAUGUCUGCAUAUGGCGCCGCUCCAAGUGCACCUAUGCUACCGCAGCAAGGUCCUUCCCUUUCCAACAACUACAUCCCCUACCCGCCCUUGCCCAAUCUUCCUCCGAACGCGUCGAAUCCCAUCUUUCCUGACGUCGACCCUCAACUUGCGCCUCCCACCCAGGCGCAAACACCGUCAAACAACAAUACGAGUAAGAUUCAAGGUCAUGCAGGCGAGACAAAAGCCAGGCUACGUAAGGCUUGUGACUCAUGCUCUGUGCGAAAGGUGAAAUGCGACGAACAACAACCCUGCAAGGCUUGUGAGGGUCUCCAAAUUCCAUGUACCUUUGAACGACCAAGCAAGCGCCGAGGUCCUCCUAAUAAACACGCCGAGAGUCUCAAGAGAAAAUACGACUCGCCCGCAGGUCCAGCAAUGUCUCAACCGCAACCGUCCUCGCCCACACACGCUGCCCACACUCUCGCCUACUUCUCCCAGCAGCAGGUGCUCUCUGCAGAAACGAUAUGUCCCCUUUCCAUGCUUGAGCGGCUGGUCGAUGACUACUUCACAUUCAUACAUCCUCUUGUCCCACUUCCUCACGAACCAUCCUUUCGGGAUGCCUUUAACCGGCGCCAAGACCUGACCAAUCCGACUUUUGUAGCUUUGGUCGCUUCGAUGCUUGGCUAUCUGGUGGCUUGCUUCCCUCGAAGACCUCGACAACACAUCCGCGAAGGUGUGCCAAUGGAACACCAGCAACAGAUGGAUUCCUUGUAUUCGAACCCGAUGGAUCUGGUGGAUCGAUGCCAUAAGGUAGCGAUGGAGGCUCUGGGUCCUGCAUAUUUGGACCGCAAAAUGUCGGUCCAUGAUGCUGUGAUUAGCUACCUGCAGGGGUUGACAUGUGUCCAAACAUUCAAUCGGCAAUCCGCCAUCCACUACUUCAAGCAAUGUAUGACUAUAUCUGCAACCGUCGGUCUUCACAAGGUCAAUGUCACAAGUACUACACACACGAACGGUCAUGCCUUACCAACACCUAGGAUGACAGCGAAUGGCCAUGCUCUCGAGGGACCACAUCAUGUCGGUGUCGAUCAAUUGAUGCGAGAGUUGGGAGUAAGAACAUUUUGGGCUUUAUUCGCGGGGGCAACGCCAUCACACCCAUAUCCUCCGUUACCCGUUGAAGUCGAUGAUGGCUACAUUACACCAGAGCAUGUCCAUCUCGAUCUCCAGCCUCCAGGCCUCGUUCCCGUAAUAACCGGUUUUAACGCCAAUAUCCGAGUUCUAUCUACCUACAAUGACUUAGCAGCAAUGGAGCUAGUCCGUGGUGUUGACAACGUCGUAGACUGGGAGCGGCAAAAGAGAGCCUUGGAGGAAUCUCUGCAAUCCGUCAAGCGCAUGCUUGACGGUCUUCCUGGCGAGCUUGUCCUCAGUUUCCGGGCUCCAUCACCUCGGUCGCGAGAGCCAAAGUAUCCUUCCCCAAACCCUGAAUCCACCGUCGGCCAGGAACUGGCUCAGUACGCAACGAACGGCUUUGAUAACACACGUAUUGACUUCAACCGACCUGAAGAGCGUCGACGAAUCCAAUAUGAGAUCCAAAAGGCCAACAUUUAUACUACCCAGCUAGCCACACGCUUGCAUCUCGUCGAGAAAUACUGGAAUCUCUACGACGCCUACAACCUCAAAAAAUCUGGUGGUGGCAGUUCAGAUAGAGCAUCAUCUCCAGGGAUGAUCGCCCCCAUUCUAGACAAGUACGACCCGUCCACCCAUUUCAGCACUACGGAACAAGAUCUCGCGGCUGAGCGUGAGGAUAUUGUCAAGACCUUUCUCAUCCUCCUCGGCCAAUCAACGAAAUCAACACGGAAGCACUAG